AUUUAUAAAAAAAUUAUGUGAAAUAAAUAGUAUACUGAGUAACUAUUUGACUAUGAAAUUUAUGAAUACAAUAUGUCGAAAACCAAUGAGAAAAGUAUUGUUGACGAUAUUGAAUAAUUUUUGAAUAAAGAUUUAAGAUAUUCACGUUAAAAUGUCGAAAGAAAGUUUAAUGUUUCAUCCUAUAAUUAGCUCAAUACAACGAAUAGCGCUUUAUGAAACAAAAGCUAGAUUCUAUUUGAUUGGAUCAAACAACACUGAAACGAGGUUUAGAGUUUUAAAAAUUGAUAGGACAGAUCCAAGAGAUUUGACAUUAGUAGAUGACAAAGUAGAGUAUAACAAACAAGAAAUUCAUCAACUUUUGAACAUGAUUGGUUUUGGAAACAGAACUGGAAGAUCAGCAGGACUCAAUAAACUAGUGUCAGCAUUUGGGAUUGUAGGUUUCAUAAGAUUCUUAGAGGGCUAUUAUAUUAUACUAGUCACAAAACGUCGGAAGAUCGCAGCUAUUGGUUCACAUUCCAUUUACAAAAUAGAAGAUACAGCAACAAUAUACAUUCCGAAUGAAAACAAUAAGCCUCCUCAUCCUGAUGAACAUCGCUACCUCAAAAUGUUCUUAGCUAUUGACUUGUCAACCAACUUUUACUACAGCUAUAGUUAUGAUAUCACUCACACAUUGCAAAUGAACAUGGCACCUCCAAGACAACUAGCUCCAGCGUUAUUCCCUAAACCCAUCACAGCAGCAGUAUAUCAAUCAAACUUGAACACUGAUAAAGCAGGUGAAGUGGGAUGUGAAUGUAGAAAAAAAGAAGACGAUGAAGACAUUUUUGAAACUUGGAAGAAACAAAUUCGACAAAGACAAGAAAAGACAGGAGGAAAAAGUCCAAAGCUAGAAUUCGGAGUGCGCAGUGUACCGGAGUGGAGGUUUGUUUGGAACAGUCACCUGCUAUCUCCAGUCCACUCACAUCUGCAUCCAGAUUGGAUAUUGUACAUUGUUCAUGGGUUCAUUGAACAAAGUAAUCUAAAUAUAUUCGGAAGAGCUGUAUAUCUCACUCUUAUAGCCAGAAGGAGUAACAGAUAUGCUGGUACUAGAUUCCUUAAGAGAGGUGCUAAUAUGCAUGGAGAUGUCGCAAAUGAAGUGGAGACUGAGCAAAUUGUACAUGACUCAAUGGUAUCAUCUUUUGCAGCUGGAAGAUUUAGCUCAUUUGUACAAAUGAGAGGUUCAAUACCAAGUUACUGGUCACAAGACAUCUCGAAGAUGGUACCCAAACCAGCAAUAUCGAUUGACCUCGGAGAUCCGUUUGCAGAAAUACCAGGAAAACAUUUGAACAAUUUAAUGCGAAGAUAUGGGUCUCCAAUAAUGUUCCUGAAUUUAGUCAAGAAAAGGGAAAAGAAAAAACACGAAUCUUUAUUGACCGAUGUGAUUAGUAACAGCAUCAAAUAUUUGAAUCAGUUCUUACCCCCCGAGCAUGCAAUACAAUAUUAUCAUUUAGACAUGGCUAGAGUCAACAAGGGCUCCGAGGCAAAGGUUUUGGACAAAUUAUCGGCUAUAGCCCGUACAGUAGUGCGUAAAACUGGUAUAUUUUUGAGUUUAAAUGGCUACGGAGAAGAGAUCGGUGUUGAGGGGCAUCAGAGCGGUCGCUUACAAACUGGUCUUGUUCGAGUCAACUGCGUGGAUUGCCUCGACAGAACGAACACGGCUCAGUUUGCAAUCGGAAAAUGCGUACUAGCUUAUCAGCUAUAUGCUUUAGGUUUGAUCGGUACACCGGUUAUCGAAUUCGACUCGGACUGUGCGAGGCUACUUGAAGCUUUAUAUGAAGACCACGGAGACACACUAGCUCUGCAGUAUGGCGGCUCCCAACUUGUACAUAGAAUAAAAACGUACCGCAAGACAGCUCCGUGGUCCUCGCACGGCAACGACAUAAUGCAGACCCUUAGCCGGUAUUACUCUAACACGUUCUCGGAUGCCGAGAAACAGAACACCAUGAAUUUGUUCCUGGGCCUGUUCAUACCGGACCCGACGAAGCAUCCCAUCUGGGAGUUCCCGACCGAUCACUACCUGCAUCAUCCUGAAGCAUCCGUGUACAUACCGAGGACUAGAUCCUUAACGAAAUGGUGGGACGAUGAUGUUGUUCGUCACCUUCCUCUGCCGUGCAAUGAAAUGAGGAAGCUUUGCUGCGAAAUAAUUGGCAUCCAGGGGGACGGCAAUAGCACGGUGGAGAUGGUUGAUGCCUACCACGACUAUAACAGACCUUUUGAGUAUACCGUUUUCAUGGAGAGCUUUGAGUUUAAGAUGAUACAUACUCUACGUGACUUGGCUCCAACAUUCACGGAGAGCUUCAGUCCGUUCGUAGUCCGGGGUCGCGCGAUCGGACAGAGCAAGGGACCUACUUCCAAGAACCCGGUCAUAAGCGGCAGAUCCAGUACCGUCUCGAACAACUCUAGCGACUCGAAUAGUGAUUCGUCAACUGACGACGACUUAACAAGCUCCACGCCCAGUUCUCGUCUCACGGUAACAUCUCCACUGGACGCAGUGGCUAAGUUAUUGGAGACCAAAGAACUGGAAGAGACCCCCAUGUUUCCGGCAGUGAAGAGAAUCAAUAGGAUACCACUUAAGGAGCCGUCUAAAAGGGAUAUGAUGAUGUAAGUUUAAUUAUUUUAUUAUUGCUUAGACGGGUGAAUGACCUCACUGUCCACCUGGAUUUAAGUG